ACCGUAGCGCUUUGUCGGUUUCCCUCACCUGCUGCUCGCUGGCCCCCUCACUUGCUCGGUGACUGGCUUGGCGGCUGGGUUUUGCUGGCUCGUGAGGUUGAUGUUUGUGGUGUGAAAGAAGAAUAGAUUGAUGCGAUGGGAUGGAUGGAUGGGAUGGAUGGAUGCAUCGCACGUCGUCGAAGCGCUGUUUCGUACCUCCAACCUCUCACGCGCCAAGACCACUCGCACCUUGCACAAUCUCGCUCCGCCGCGCUUGUACCAAUCAGCCGUAUUUGAUGAGGAGAAGGUUCCAAUCUUCUCCUCCCCGCUCCGCCCUCGCUGUAGGCGGCGGCGAUGCCCGUGUCCAAUCAGCAAAGCAAUUGCAAGUGCGGAGCCACGAGUUCAGGAACGAGAUUGCGGGUCGCAGGUCGCAGGGCGUCGGCGCAUGCGCCAGAGUGCCGUCCGACCGACGUCGUGCUCAGGUACGAGAUUCGAGGCGCGAGUAAGGCCAGGGGGAACAGUGCGGGGCAUGGCGACCGGGCUUGCAAUGCCGAACUCGGCCCGGUGGGUAGAGAGAUUCUGCUUCUCGCUCGAUGAUGAGGUCCAGAUCGUGAUCCCGCUGACCUGAGCGCAGCGUCGUCGUCGUCGUCGUCGUCGUCGUCGUGAGCAACACCCAGCCUCGUACCCACCUGGACCUCGCUCUCCCUGUCAUGAUCACCAACCUAGCGCCACCGCCGUCGAUGUUCCCUGACCACGCUGGGUUCCCUCCCCUCAAGGUGAAAACUAUUGGUUAUUUUCGAUUCGCGACAGGCGAGACAAAAGAAAGGUGAUGGUGGUGAUAAGGUCGAAAGAAGAGAUCAAAAGUUGGAAUCAAAAGGAAAAGGCCAGGGCAGGAAAGGGAAGAUGGCGGGGCGAAGAGAAAGGAAGUGGAGAGAUGUAAAGGAGAGGAGACGAGAGGAGAUGACUAA